AUGAUAAGCUGGACAGCCGUGUUUUUGUGCCUCUACCACUUAGCAUUGUCGGUGUUGGGGUCAUUGUUUUUUGAAAAUUAUUUGUUCAAGGAUUUUGAUAACAGCUUUAGUCUUGUAAAAAUAAUUUUCUGUUUUUCUUUUGUUCUAUGUCUAUCAUUGUUGUCUAUGAUUGUAUUUGAAAUACUUGGUUUCAUAACAACAAGUCUGAAGCUGUUUAUAUGGUAUAUUGAUAUAACUCUUUUAAUUUUGUUUAUUUAUUUAAUAAUCCCUGUAAGUUUAAUAUAUACAUACAUUACAUUUGAAGAUGAAAAGACAGCGAAUAGUUUAUUUAAAUUUAAAUAUUUUUAUACUGCACUAACUAAGAUGAAACAUAAGAAAAAAAAAAUAUACCUGCCUGAUGAAGAUAAAACAAAUUUUAUGAGGAAAUUAGUGUAUGUUAGUGAAGACUUAAUAUUAAAAAUGAAAAAUUAUAAUAAAAAAAUAAGAAAUAGAAAUAAACAAAAGAUAUUAAAAUUUGUAGUUGGUUGUAUUUUUUUUUUACCAAUAAUAUGGUUUACUUUUUAUAAAAUUUCAAUGAUUACAUUAAAGAACAAUAGUGAUGUAUAUGACAAAUCAGAUAUAUAUGAUAUAGGUAAUAUAUUACAAGAAAAAUUUAAACUAAUAAACAAAGAAUUUGCUGAAGAGUAUGAUACUAAUAAUGAAAAUAGUCAGAAUUUUCUUUUCAUCAAAAUAAUCAAAAAUUUACUGAUAUAUAUAUCCGUUACAGGGAUGACAAUAGUUAGUGCCUUUUCUGCAUUUACUAGUUUAUAUUCACCUUAUACGAACAUAAGUAAUUUUUUUUUUUUUGUAACUCUUAAAAAAGUAAAAAUCAUUGAAAAGAAGAUUAUGUUUAUUACUGACGAGUUAGCAUCAAAAAAAAAAAUGCUUUUGUUACAUGAUUACCCACAUUUAAUUAAUUUAUAUUCUAAAAAUGUACAUUAUAAUGAAUCUUGUUUUUCAAAUAAGCUACAUUCUUAUAAUAACAGGAAUAGACAUAACAACUACACUAAAAACCUACAUUUUGAUAAAACCUCUUCUUUUUAUAAUACUUCCGCCAAUACGAAUAACUACUCUUUUGCUCAAAAUGUAUGCCUGAAUGGAUGCGAAAAUUUUACCGAUAAUACUUUUAACUACACCAAUAACAAUGAUACAAUAAAUCGGUACGUCGACAAUUCCCCCCAUAAUUGUUAUGGCAUUUUGACAUACCACAUAGAUGAUAACUUCAAUGUGGAAACGAUGCAUAGUCACAACGACCAUGUGAAUCACUGCGGACGGGAAAAUAAACAUGGUUUGAAACAUACAGGGGGGCACAAGAGGGAAGAAGCAGAGGGAGUGGUAAUGCCAAUGGCAAGGAUAGAGCCAUUGAACGGUAAUGGUAAUGUGAACGUGGGUAUACGAGAUAGCGGAAAAGAGCAAAUAAAAAGCAGAGAAAACAAGCAAAGAAAGCAAAAUGAAGAAAUCGAAUACAUACAUUUUAAACCGUUCAAAAAGUGUAACUUAUACUUGGGUAGUCACAAGUCAAUAUACAAAAACAUAUACGAAACGUUCAUAAAAAAAGAAAAGAAUUUUGGGGGGAUAUUUAACUUGAAUGGAGGGUAUGAUGAGGUGGAAGGGGUAGUAGUCGAAGAGAAGAAGGAAAUGGAAAUGUUGGAGAAAAAAAUGGAUAUGUUAGAGAAAAAACAAAAAAUAAAUGUAUUGAAUCUAACGAGUCCACAUGAAGAAUGUAAAGAAACACAUGUAGAAAAUCAUCAUAUGUCUAUUCUAAACAAUAAUAGAAGAGAAGUAGAAGUGGAUAUAAGUACUAGAAGUAGUAGUAGUAACCGGUUUAGUCCCUUUGUCGAAUAUAUUAAUAGCACUAAUUCGUUGUAUAAACGGAAUGUUAAAUCUACGAAUUUGAUGGAGAAUAAUAAUAAUAAUGAUAAUUGUAUUAAUAUUAAUGAUAAUAGUACUAAUAAUAAUAUUAAUAAUAAUAUUAAUAAUAAUAAUAUUAAUAAUAAUAAUAAUAAUAAUAAGUAUGUGGAUUAUAAAAAAAAAUUUAUUUUUUUCAAAACGACAGAGAAAGAAGAGGAAAGAGAAGCAUACGACGUAGAACAUAAUGAAGAGACGAAAGAGAUAAGCAGUUGUAAUGAUGGGGAAGAAAAAAACAAAUCCAUCUUUCAUAAAUAUAACAACACAGUACAUUCUUUUAAAAACUUAUUUAGACAUUUUGAUACUUUACCACAAGAUAUUAAACACAAGGAGAGUAAGAGUAUAAACCGGAGGUAUAUAUCUGCUUUUCUUUUUAAUAGUUUUCAAAAACCAUAUAAAACUUUUCAAAGUGUUAAGGAAUUUUUUACAGGUAAAAAAGCAAAUGUUAAUAAAAAAAAUAAAGAGAUAUUAAUACAAGACAUAAAAGCAUUAGAAUAUAUGGCUAAGAAUUUAUAUUUCUUACUAGAUGAAGUAAUAAAGGAACAAAUACGAAUAAAUCAGAGUACAACUUUUUGUGGUAUUUUCUUAUAUUUAUUAGGAAUAAUAAUGUCCAUAUUAUGUAUAUAUAAAAUUGUAAAAACCUGUUAUAUUAUUUACAUGAUAGAAAUAUAUUAUAGGUUUAUAUCAACCUAUAGCAGCGGACAUGUGUUAAUGCUAUUUUAUUCAAGAAAUAUGAAUAUUUCAUUUAUAAAUGAUCUCAAAAAUGUACUUCAUAUAGUUCAUAUUAAUAUUAAUUUAGAUAAUUAUGUCAUCUCAAUAACAUCUAUUUUGUUAUUAUGUUUUAUUUUUACAAAUUUAAAAACGUUUAUGGAAAAAAUUAUUAAAUUACGAUAUUCUACAAAAUCGUCCUUAUACUCCAAUAUUGCUAUUUUGGUCAUGUGCGAAAUUAUGGACCUAUACUUUUCCGCUUAUUGUAUACAGUUAUUUGACUACUUACCCGUUAAGGAGAAGGUUAAAAUGUUGUACAUAUUUUUCAACAAUAAUUUGCUCAAUUUGUUUAAACUUAAAUACCAUUUCGAUUUUGUCUACGUCAUAUCGCUCUUUAUAUCUCUGGCUCUGAUCAAGUUGCAUCACAAGCACAGGUCUGAUCAAUUUAGAGAAAUAUGA